AUGAAAAGCCUUCUGCCCAGAGCCAUUGGUGAUUUUUCAAAACGAGAAUAUUGGGAGAAAUUUUUUCAAACUCGUCAAAGCGCUUUCGAAUGGUACGGUGAUUUCCUGCAACACAGCGAAUUUUUUUCCAAAUAUGUAAAAAAAUCUGACCGCGUUCUCAUUGUCGGCUGCGGUAAUUCGGACCUCGGUUUAAUGCUCUUCGACAAAUUAGGUGUUACAAAUAUCACCAACAUAGACAUAAGCGAUACGACUAUCCAUCAAAUGCGAGAGAAGCACUGUACACACAAUACUAGGCCGGGUCUCACGUACGAAUGUAUGGACGUUUUCACCCUCGAGGAUCGUAUUAAGUCGGGAGAACUGCAACCAUUCUCUUGCGUCCUCGACAAAGGCACUCUGGAUGCUAUUCACUCGGGCGAAAAUUCCGAAUUAAACGCUCUUGAGAUGUUCAAAAAUAUUGAUUGUUCUCUUAAAUUGAUGGGGCGUUACGUGAUCCUCACACUGGCACAAGAGCACAUUAUUCAGAGUAUUUGCAAUUAUUUUGUGCAUGGGUAA